AUGGUGGUUGUCAUGAAGCUCCAGGCUGCUGAAGGCUGCUAUCAGCCCUGCAACCUCCUUCUGCCCCCACAAGCCAUGCUGAAGUCUGAAAUCCCUGGAGGCUGGUUUGGCGGCAGGCAAAGACUGAAGAUACCUGCCGAGACCAGAUGUAACCAAGGUCCCCACUUGCCACCUGGACUGCGGCGUCGAGCUUUCGGCUCCACCAAACGCUCAUCUGGCCUGGCAGCGAGCGGCGGAAGACCCCGGGAGCCCGGCACAGAGCGCACCGAGCCCGGCGGAGAGCAGAGCUGUAGGCACCCGCAUCUCCAGGAUGAUAGGCAACAUUGCAACAAAUCUCUAUACCCAGCAGCUCAGGGGGCUCCAAGCAGAGCAGCAAGUUCGAGGAUCCGGGCGUGGAGCCGAGUGAGGCCGCAGCCCAGCGGGCCUCGGGCGGUGAGUAUCCGAGGCCGCGCGCGCCGCGGGCCUGGGGAAUGGAGCGGCGCUGGGGGCAUCGGAGCCUGGUUUCGGAUGGCCGCUGCACCCCAGGAACCCCCGGGAAGGGGUAACCGGCGGUUCAGGGCAGACCGCCAGGCGGAGCCUGGGGACGCGCGCCUUGCUGCUCAAGCCGGCCGGGACCCCGCAAGCGUCAUCCAGGGCACCCCCGUCUGGCUGGAGAGGCGCUCUCUGCCCGGAGCCCAGCCUCGCUGCCCGUCUGCUCUCCUGGCCGGUUUGGAACUCGAACUGGACAGUGUUGAGGCGCAGAGCGGAGGACCCCAGGUUCCGCCUAGAGACAUCGGGGGUUGCGGAUGCCUCUCUGCACAGGCUGUGGUGCUGCAGCCUGCCCGGCUUCCCCGCGGGGCUGCUGGCUUCCGAACGCGCCGAGGGAUGCGUGGUGCCCGAAGCGGGGACGUGAUCUCGGGAUUCUUCAUCUGUAAAAUGGGGACAUUCAUGCCAAUUGGACUGGAUCGCGUUGGAGAAGCCACCAAGCACAGUCCGUGACCCAGAAGCAUGUAUG